AUCGCGCGUUUUCUCGUUAUGAGCGACGAUACGUCCCUGUUGGAGUACACAAAACUCGAUGCAAAGGACGAGCUCGAUGAAAAAUGGAAACAGUAUCAUUCCUCGGUAGCUCAGAUGGUAGCCGGCGGCGCAUCAGAACGCGAAAAGCACGAUAUUUUGAACGCAACAGUCUGUAGAGGAAUGCAAGAACACGAGGAGGUCUCACUGGGGUUGCUGUAUGGCAUACUGGUCAACCUAUCUAGGGCGCAAAUGUUUUAUAGCGACUUGACGUUCAUUACGCGAGACGGACUCGGGCUAGUCGUCGCGCAGCUUGAGAUGCUAGUGAUGGAGAAAUAUCGGCGGAUGAAAGAGUUGACGCGAAAACAGAUUUUGUGGGUGACAAACGAAUUGGUGAAGAGCCGAACAAUUGGAGCAGAGCGAAUUUGUAAUGUUCUUCUUCGACAAAUAGAAGGAGGCAACGUUUCUCCUAGAAACACGUGGCUUGCAGAGUCAAUGCUGAGAUUACUGAAGGAGCAUCGGGUGUGGCUUGACAGUGUGCCUAUGCUGCUUUGUACCACUGUGUAUACGUAUUUACGCUUAAUUCAGGAUCACAGCACUCCAGCACUGAAUAGCCUCAGGAGUGCCGAGGUCGAGUUCAUCAUUUCGCUUCUUAGAGACAAGUUUAUGGAGUGUGUUGGUAUUGGACGAGAUCUUGUGCGUCUACUGCAGAGUGUUGCCAGGAUUCCAGAGUUUAUGGCAUUGUGGAAGGACAUUAUUCAAAAUCCACAAAAUCUUAGUCCUCACUUUUUAGGUAUUCUCCAAUUGCUAAAUAUGAGGACGUCACGACGGUUCGUCGUAAAUCGUGUUACUCCGGACAUGGAGAACAAGCUCAACUUCAUAAUGUCAAAAGUCAAGUUUGGGCAACAGAAGAAAUACCAGGACUGGUUUGAAACGGAUUAUCUUCAGACGCCCGAGAGCCAGUCCUUGUUGGUUGAUUUGAUUCGCUACGUUUGCUGUGUCGUACAUCCUUCCAAUGAAGUUUUGUCAUCUAAUGUUGUUCAGCGAUGGGCAGUUGUUGGAUGGCUUCUGACCAAAUGUCAGUCUAAUGUCUCAGCAUGCAGUGCCAAACUGGCACUUUUUUACGACUGGUUUUUCUACAAUUCCGGUGUGGAGAGCAUCAUGAAUAUUGAGCCGGCUAUUCUCGUCAUGUUUCAUUCGGUUAACACCCACCCAGCGAUCACAGCCACACUGUUAGAUUUUUUAGUUAGGAUGGUGCCUUCGUACGGCGAGGGCAUAGUAGACCAUGUAGCUCAAGGUAUCGGUAAUGCCGUAAAAGACAUACUGGAAAAACGAGUUAUAAGUUCAUUGGACAUGUUAGUCAACAGUCCUCGUCUUGAUCGUGAUCUAAUUGCAGCAUUCUGUCGUGUCGUAAAUCCUGUUUUGGGUAUUGAAGAAAAGGAAGCUCAAAGCGACGAUACGGAUGUUAUUAUUGUUGACGAUAAUAAUGCAGCAACGGAUGAAUUAACGGUUGAUGCUGGUCUUGUUGUAAACGAUGAGAAAGUCGACGAUGUUGUGUCAGCUGAUGUGGAAUUGGGAAAGGAAGUGGGUGAUGGUGAUGACAGCGGAGAAGAGCAGGUGGCUGGUGAUGAUGAACCGAAGUCUGAAGGAGUCUCAGAGGCAGACAUGCAAGUGUUAUCUGAGUCUCAACAGCAUUGGCUGUCAGUGCUAAUGGAAUCAAGAGAGUCCGAAAUGCGCAAGAAGGCAGUUGAUCGUCUAUUCGAAGAAGUGUCUUCAGCUGUUGACAUGAACGAAGAGAGCGUCGAAGUCAUGGCCAAAGGCAUAGCCCACUGUCUGACAGAUGACUUUAAUGCAGGCUGUCCUCUUGACCAAAAUAUGUCAGACGUGGGCAAGACUCUGCCACACUCACUUUUUAGUUACGCAAAUCCUGAUCGACCUACAACUAUCUACCGAAAGAUAUUGAGGUUUCUGCACAAAAUGAAAGAAUAUGAGCCGAGACUGGGAUAUCACUUGCUCUUUUACUUGAAAGCAAAAGUUGUUUCAGGGAUGGCCGACCCACUGGCACUAAACCAUUCUCUUUCGGUUAAUCUUACGGUGUACCAGGACUUUGCAAAAAUGAGCGAACAAUUGCAGGAGUUUGAUGAUUUGGUUCUUGCAGACCUCGAGGCUUGUCAGAGUGAAGAUAGCAGUCUUUUCUAUUUUCUUCUUCCCGAGAUAUACAAACAGUUUCCUGACGUUUUCCUGGGUUCAUCAAAACUGAUGUAUCUGACAGUAUCGUCUAUUGAUUCAGUACAGCUUCACGAUCUGAUCUGUCAACUGUCGAUGGGUAGCUUUAAGAUGUUUGGCAAAGAACGAGUUGUAGAGGCCAUUCAGGCAAGUCUCGAAUGGGAGACAUUCGAACAGUUUAGUGUGUGGCAGCUGUUGGCAGCAGAGGCACCACCAGUCGAAGAACUCUUGAAGAUUCUUCCUCUAGACUCAAGUUCACAUCCAGAGGCUCUAUCAGGACUCUUGUUUCUUCUUCGGUCAUGCCAGCCAUCGUCUGAGUUACUGAUUCCUCUUCUUGGCAUGCCAAUGUCUGACAGCCUCUUUUCUGUGACGAUUUUACACCACUGGGCCGUUCACAGACCGAAGGAUCUGGUGACACCAGUCAUCGACUGUCUCGGAACAGCGACAACCCAAGAGCAUGAGACAACAGAAGGAAGUGUUGGGCUAUCGAGCGACACAAUUAUUCAGUACAUCUGCGAGUUGAAACGCCUUCUGCCUCCUCAGAGCCAAUUCUUCAGCGAUGCAGAUCUUUGUGACACGCUCGCCAGCUUCUCAGACUCAACUUUCUCCCCAAGCCCACUACCAACGACUCCCAAGUGGCUAAAGAAAGAAAGGAAACGAAGCCAUUCUCUAUCAGACUCAGAGCAGGAUACUAUUAUACCCAUGGCUAAGCAACAGAAGUCAGCCAGAAGGUUGGAGGACAGUGAUGAUGAAGAUGACAGCUAAUGGGCCAUAUGUUGAUGAUAGUCACGGUAAUGUAAUUGCCAAGUGAUUGUAGAGUAUGUACAGAACGUGUGACUGCUUGCCACACGUCUACGUCUACGUCUUCAUCCUACGCUCCCAUAGAAGCAACUCAUCAAACGCCCACAGCAGCAGCAAAAGAAUACAGACUGUCUAGAGUCAAUCAAAUUUGC